UCUUUUCUACGCAGUUGUGCAGUAAGACGGGCUACAGUACAUGCAAAUCAUGGUAGACAUUCAGGUGGCCUCGCACCUGCGCACUAGGCGGUUUUUCAUGCUUCUGUUGGUUGCCACUAUCAUCAUAGUUUUGCUGACCAUGCAUCCGUGGUUCCUAGACAGCUGGUUCCUCCGCAGAUCUCGCCCGAAGUACGGUGCGUGGGGCGCUCCAGUGAUCUGGGACGACACUGUCGACUACGACAAAGCCAAACGACUCUUCCCUGAGAAAAGCGUCAACAUCGGUUUAGUCACAGUCGCCAUGGGAAAGAAUUUUGCUUACUUGCAGGACUUUCUACAAACAGCUGAGGAACAUUUCCUGCCUAAUCAGAAGGUGAUGUAUUUUGUCUUCACCGAUGGUUCUAAGAAAGUUCCAAACCUGCCGGUCAAGAAGAACCGGAAAGUCUCCGCAAUUUCCUUAAACGAACUGUCACAAGGAACUCCGGUGACAAAGAUGGAGGCAAUCCACAAUCGAGUUUUGAAACAGGAGGAAGAUUUAGACUACGUAUUUUGCUUGAACGUCGAUUUCCAGUUUGUUGGGAAGUUUGGCGAAGAAACUCUGGGCGAGUUGGUCGGCACGCUACAUCCAGGGUUCUACUGGAAAAACAGAUACUCCUUCCCGUAUGAAACAAAUGCCGACAGUAAAGCAUACGUAGCGCCGACGGAAGGGGAGAUGUACUUUGCUGGGGGUCUGUUUGGAGGGAACAGAGAAUCCAUGCUGAGGCUAACAGACACGUGCGCCAAAUACAGAGCGGAGGAUAAAACAAACGGUGUUGAAGCUGCUCAGCACGACGAGGGUUAUCUGAACAGGUACUUCGUAGACCACGCGCCGACAAAGAUCCUCUCCCCAGAGUACUGCUACCCGAAAGACUUCUGGUACAUGCCGUGGGUCAAGUAUAAACGGGUCAUAGCUGGUCUGAUGGACGUCAGCGGCGGUCCUUAUGACUUAUACAGUAACACAACCAGGGUAAAGAAUGGGGACAAAAAUAUUUGGUUUCACAAACUAGUCUCCGCCCAGUCCUGUGACUUUGAGACGGAUUUCUGCGGAUGGACACAGGCAACAGAUGACCAGAUAGACUGGCUCAUUACACAAGGACCAACCGCUGCAAGACAGUUCGCACAAGAUUUUGGCAGACCCGAGCUUGGGACUGGACCUAUCGUGGACCACACCUUCGGAAAUGAUAUUGGAGGCUAUGCAACAAUCAUGCACACUGGUCACGUGGACGGAGACAGGGCUCGGUUGGUCAGUCAGGAGUUCAAUAAUGACCUGGUGCUGCAGUUCUGGUACCAUCUGUACGGAAAUGACAUCUUUCUUCAUGUAUACCUCGAGAAGGGAGGGACCAUGAGCCCCAUCUUUCAAACCUAUGCGAGGGCCUCCAAUGAUGACACGUGGAAACAAGUCAUUUUGUCAGUGACGGAGUCAGGACCGUACAAGAUUGUAUUUGAGACGGGACGAGAUGGUAGCUUCCGUUGCCAGGCAGCCAUUGAUGACGUGACCAUCGUAUUGUGCGGUGGUGUUUGUGAGAUCCCGCCAGCUCCUCAACUUGCCUGUAACUUCGAUCGUGACUUGUGUGGCUUUCAACAGGACACCAACGACAAUAUAGACUGGACCAAACACAACCAUGCCACACCCAACCGUCUAUAUGCCGUACAAAACAGCGUGGAGAGUGCAAAAACCGGACCGUUCCAUGACCACACACUGGGCCAAUAUCAUGCUGGAUACUACAUGUACAUAGAGUCCUCCACCCCGGCACAGACAGGUGACGUGGCCAGGCUGUUCUCUCCGGAGACCAGCGGACCGUGUCUGGAGUUUUACUUCCACAUGUUCGGACAGCAGAUGGGCACCCUCCAGGUGUACACCCGGCUGUCGGGAAGUACAGACAUGCAGCUGCAGUGGGAGCUGAGCGGGGACAGGGGUGACACCUGGAACAGGGCAGUCAUCAACCACAACAUCACUGACAACUACCAGGUCAUAUUUCAUGGAGACAUUGGUGGAUUUCUCAGUGACAUAGCCAUUGAUGACGUCACAACCUGGAAUGAAACGUGUGAAGCGUUUGGAGGCUGGGGAGACUGGGGAAACUGGACCGACUGCACAGCAACCUGCGGCCGAGGGGUACAAAACAGAACCCGGUACUGCGACAGCCCGCCGCCGCCUUACGGCUUCACAUGUGCAGUGGGAGACGACGACGGUGACAUGGCGGACACAGAACAGCAGGAGUGUAACAAACAACCCUGUCCGGUUGACGGUGGUUGGGGCCCGUGGCAGGCGGCAGGAGACUGUAACGUGACGUGUGGCCGGGGUAGUCAGCCUGUAGACCGGCAGUGUGACAGUCCGGCUCCUCAGGACGGCGGGAGUCCGUGUGCGGGACCCAGUACGGACACACAGAGCUGUGAUAACGGACCGUGCCCGAUUGACGGUGAAUGGGGUCAAUGGAGCGGAUUCAGUGCGUGUAACGUCACCUGUGGUGGAGGAGUACGGCUGAGAACCAGGCUGUGUGACAACCCCCCUCCCCAACAUGGCGGUGACAACUGUGUUGGAGACGACGACGGUGACGGCGCUGAUACGCAUGUUGUGAUCUGUAAUAGAAACCAGUGUCCAGUUGACGGCGGAUGGAGCCAGUGGUUGCCAUGGGAGACGUGUAGUCAGUCCUGUGGCGGAGGGACACAGAGGAGAGUGCGGACGUGCACAGAGCCCGCUCCGCAGUACAACGGCAACUUUUGUCAAGGCGACACGGACGCCGAUGGAACAGAUGAAGAGUUCCAACCCUGUCAGCCACAGACGUGCCCAGUUGACGGAGGCUGGGGAGUCUGGACAUCCUACGGUGCCUGCAGCGCCACGUGCGGGGCCGGGGUGGAGACCAGGUCCCGGCGGUGUGACAGCCCUGCUCCGUCCGCCGGAGGGAAGCACUGCCCUGGCGACCUGGACGGGAACGGGCUGGAGGAGGAAACACGGGCGUGCCACGCAGGGACUCCAUGUCCGGUGGAUGGACAGUGGGGACAAUGGUAUGAAAUCACCGAUUGUAACGUCACCUGUGGCGGAGGGAUGUUAGUAAGGGAGAGGUUGUGCGACACCCCAUCACCGCAGCACGGUGGAAAUCCCUGCGCAGGAGACAGUGAUGGAGACGGAAUAGAAACCGGAUAUGACGUCUGCAAGACAGGACGAUGCCCAGACUGGGGUGCGUGGGGGUCCUGGUCGGCCUGCACUGCGUCCUGCGGCCCGGGAGACCGGGAGCGGGCCCGGCAGUGUGACACGGCGGGGGCCGAGCCGGGCGCCACCUGCCCGGGGGACGACAUCGGGGUCGGUGUGGACACGGAGGAGGAACCGUGCAACAACGGACCCUGUCCUGAGGGUGAAGGCUGUGGCACGUCUGGAUGUCCAGAACCAGGAAUCUCAGCUGGGCAGACCCAAGAGAACGGUGAGAAAUCUGACAACACUGCAGUACUGGCAGGCGCCGCAUGUGGCGGGAUUGGCGUGCUACUGAUCGCCGUCGGACUGGGAUUCCUCAUCUACAAGAAGAAGCAGGACUCUAAGAUCAGACCAUCUGCCGGACGUCCGAGAACAGCGUCAUCUGCGUGGUCUAAUGGAUAAACGGAAGGCGUUUCGGCACCGAGGACAGUGUCAUAGAUAUUGUGACCAUCUCACCGUUGUAGUUAAAAUGGUUAAAGGUAUAUAAUUGGUUCUCAGGAUUUGUUCAGAAGUGUAAAAGACAAUUGGGGUCGUAGGUGAAGAUAAACAAAGACUUGUUGAAACAUUUUCUUGGCAUGUAAAUGAGCAUGUUGUGCGAAUUGUAACUUUAUUUCAUUCCAUAUUCAUUUGACAUUCAUUUCAUGUCAUUUAAUUUCAUUCCAUACCAUAUU